AUGACGCGGAUCAUCAUACUAAUUUUGGCUCACCAACAUCUGUAAAUGAAAAAUCUGUUGAAAUUAAUCCAAGGUAACUUAUUAUUAGACAUGAAAUUCCAUAAUAGAGAGGAAAUAAAUCAGUUGAAAAAGACUAAUGCUGUUUUGAAGAAAAAAUUAAAACAACUGACUUUAGCUCUUGAUGUCUCUCUAAAUAAAACGUAAUCUGUGCAUGAUUAGCAAAUAAAUGGAGGCUAGAAUAACAAUUCCUAAGAUUAUUAAGCACUGAAUGAUAUUAUAUAUCAGAAGGAUAAGGAAAUAAACUUAUUGAGACAAACUAUUGAAUAACAAAUGAAUGAGAUCAAAGGGUAUAAAAACAAGGGAUAUUUGCCAAGUGGCUAUGACAAAAUUCUGGAUCUAUAGGCGAAGCUUAACAAUGCUGAAUAAAAAAACACGGAUCUAAUAAAGGAACUUAAGUCAAUGCAUAAGAUUUAAGUAGAGCAAGGAAGAGCUCUGGAGAAAAUAACUGAUGAAAAUGAUUAUCCUUUGAGAAUAAAGGCUUUAGUAGAGGAGAUGAGGUAUUCAAAGGAAAGGAUAAGAGGGCUAGAGCUGAAACUAAGGAAUGAAGAGAGAACAAAUAAGUAGUAGUAGGAGCAUAUGGUUAGGCUAGAGGAAACAAUAAGAGAGCUAAAGGGUCAUUCUAAGAAAAAUCAAGCUAUAGCAGAAGGGGGCUCUAAAGUCGAAGCAAAUAAACCUUAUCACCUGAUGAAAGCAGAUGAGAAAAUAGAAGAAUUGAAUAGAGUAGUGGAAAUGCUGACUAAAGCAAAGGAAAAAGACUAUAAGAAUUUUAACUUUCAAAAGGCCAAAUAUGAAAAACAAAUAAAAGAGCUCUUAUAAAAACUUGAAGAGCAAUCUAAAAACAUUUCUGAUAAGGAUAAAGUAAAUUAAUGGUCAGUAAAUCUUAACUAUUUCUAGGAAUUGAAAUUGCAAGGAUUUAAGCUAAGAUAGUUAAUGCAGGAAGAAUAUAGACAGCCAUUUGUGAAAAAGAACUUUGAAGAGCUUGAUAGGCUGGCUUCUCCUAAAGUUAUAAAAAGAGCUGAUCUGGAGUAAGGUGCUUAAGUGAAAUUAGAUGGAAGGAAGGAGAUCUAUCUCAAAUAUGGAAAGCUUCCUUUGAAGCCAGGCUUUAAUAAAAGAAAAAUAGAUUUUAAGGAGAAAAUGGCAUUGCUUGACAUAGAAGUAUAUGGGUCAUCGAAUGAAUAAAACAGAUCUCGAAGUGUUAACCCUCUUUCUAAAUAAAAGUACAAGAGACUAAAUCAAACUACUUUAGAUAUGGAUAAUGCCGCAGACUAGAUUAUCGAAAAUAGUCUGAAUUAAUUUAAGACUGAAAUUGAUAGAGAACGCAACCAAAGGGAAGAUCAAGACUAUUUGGAAUAAAUGUAUGACAACUUAGGAGGUAAAGUUUUCGACAUCAACCAUGAUCUGAAUGUGAAUACAAUAUCGUAUGUAAAUCAAAAGGCAAAUUGA